GCCGCGGGAGCGCGCGCGGACGCCCUGCCCUCUCCCCGCCCAGCCCGCGACGCGCACGCGCCCGUAUGCAAAUCAGCUCAAUUCAAGAGAAUUUGGUCCCGGGAGCUGCGCGUGCGCAGAGGGAAAGCGGAAUCUACACCUCCGUCCGCGGUAGCAACCGAAGAACUGCAGGAGACAAUCUUUCUGGACUCGGCGCAGGCGGAGGGAGUGCUUGCAGGGGGUUGGCCUGGUGCAGUCCGCACCGUGGGGACGCUGCUGCGCGUGGAAGCUAUUGCCCAGAAGAAAAGAUGUUUGGUUUUCACAAGCCAAAGAUGUACCGAAGUAUAGAGGGCUGCUGUAUCUGCAGAGCCAAGUCCUCCAGCUCUCGGUUCACGGACAGUAAACGUUAUGAAAAGGACUUCCAGAGCUGUUUUGGGUUGCAUGAGACUCGCUCUGGAGACAUCUGCAAUGCCUGUGUGUUGCUUGUGAAAAGAUGGAAGAAGUUGCCAGCGGGAUCAAAAAAAAACUGGAAUCAUGUGGUAGAUGCAAGGGCAGGACCCAGUCUAAAGACAACACUGAAACCAAAGAAAGUGAAAACUCUAUCUGGAAACAGGAUGAAAAGCAACCAGAUCAGUAAACUGCAGAAGGAAUUUAAACGCCACAAUUCUGAUGCUCACAGCACCACCUCAAGUGCCUCUCCAGCCCAGUCUCCCUGCUACAGUAACCAGUCAGAUGAUGGCUCAGAUACAGAGAUGGCUUCCAGCUCUAAUAGAACUCCGGUGUUUUCCUUUUUAGAUCUUACCUACUGGAAAAGACAGAAAAUAUGUUGUGGUAUCAUCUAUAAGGGCCGUUUUGGGGAAGUCCUCAUCGACACACAUCUCUUCAAGCCUUGCUGCAGCAGCAAGAAAGCAGCUGCUGAGAAACCUGAGGAGCAGGGCCCGGCGCCUCUGCCCAUCUCCACUCAGGAGUGGUGACUGAGGUUCAUGUAGAAGGGAACAAAGAGUGAUUUAAACUUUGAAAAGACCACAAAGCAACAAACUGACCCUCCUAUUUUUAACUUGGAUACCUGCUAUUCUGCCAAAAGACAUUUUCUAGAAUAGUUUUUAAUGGGUUACCCGUCCCCCAUCCAACAAACUCUGAAGCCAGUUUCUAGCUUACUACAAGAAAAAAGUGUACAUAAUAUUUAAGAUGCUGAGUAUUUCAUAGGAAAGCUGAAUGCUGCUGUAAAGUGCUCUUUAAGUCUUUUUUUUUUUUUAAAUCCCCUUUAAUGAACAAAAUUAGGGGAUUUCAGGGGACAGAUGGGAUUUGUUGUGUGAUAAACCAUACGUAGUUUAGUCUUUCUGUGGAGAGGCAGUGGUUGGGGCAUUUUAAAAUGGCUGGCUACACUUGUUUUCCCUCAUGAUAAUUUGUCAAAACUCAGCAUGACCUGCCCCUAGAGGUAGUUAAACAUUUUUAAAUGCUAAGGUGUUGCCAAGGUUCUGAUGAAUCAGACCUGUACUACUGAUUAUUAAGCAGGACAGAAUGAGCUUUCUGCAAAUAGCUUGAAGGAGGAAGUAAUUUCUGAACACAGGUAGUACCUGUCGCCUCCCUUCAUCAUAAUAUUUGAUAAAAGACUUUAUGUGAACCUUAACAAACAGAACCAGAGCUCUUUCUGGGGAAGGCAAGCCUGUAGGAUGGGCAGGGUCCUAUAGGGAUAGUACCAAAGCAUCACCACACGGUAGGGAACAGGUGGUUAGAAACUACUUAAACAGAAUGUGUAAGUCCUGGGGAUGCAUGGGGCACAGUUGAUGCUGCUUGGGGCACAUUUCUUAGAGGGCUUGCAGUGUGUAAAUAAUUGACAUUGGUGUUACACAACUGUCUGGGAUUCACUGAAAUCCACAUGAUUCAGUUCUAGCUCUGGAUUACCUCAGUUGACCUUUGUGGAGGUUUUAUCUAUAGAGUAGCUCUUUGCCUUGUCAUAACUUUAUUAGGGUUUGGGGUUUUGUUGUUUUAUUUUUCUCCCACUAUUUAAAGUUGAUUAGAAGAAAAGAGUUGUGUGUUGAGGUUGGCUUCUUAGAGUUGGGGUCCUGAACAUCAAGAUAGCUGAAUGGAGCUCCUCACAUGGAGAUCUCAGCAAGGGCUUCUCACUUGAGCCCUACUGAAGUCUGAUUUCCUCUUCUCAAAAUUCAGGAAAAACAAUAGUGCCAUUUCAGACCUCUCUCAGAGGGAGAGGUAUAUGGCUGCCUUAGUAUUCUGUCACUCAUAAUUAUUUUAAAAACUGGAGUUUUAUUAAAGUCUGUUGUGUUUCACAACAAGGAGGGCCACAGUUUGUGGCAUCUUAUAGUUUUAUAGUUUUACAUUGUGUGUCUCUUUCCUUUUUGGAAAACCUACCUAGUACAAGCCACCACAUGCACGUGGGUUGGUUCUCCACGGCCCUUGACAUAGUACAGAGUCCAGCCAUUACCAUUCUCCUGCGUUACUUUGACAUGGGAUUUUUUUUUUUUUGUGUACAUUUGGCUGCAGUAUUGGUGGUAGAAUAUACUUUGAUGGAUCAUCUCUACUUCUGUAUUUAUUUAUUUAUUACUAGACCUCAGCCACAGUCUUCUCCCCUCCACUCUGCCUGUAGGAUGUACUGUAUGUAGUCAUGCACUUUGUAUUAAUAUAUUAGAAAUCUACAGAUCUGUUUUGUACUUUUUAUACUGUUGGAUACUUAUAAUCAAAACUUUUACUCUAGGGUAUUGAAUAAAUUUAGUCUUAUUAGAAAAUAAAA